UGUUGUCAAUUGCCAAAUCCAAGGACUUCAACUUUUUCUAAAACUUUUUUGAAUAAUUAAAGACGGUUAUAGGAAUAGGAGUUUUCAAUAUAUUUUUUUGUUUGUUGAUUCCAUUCAAAUUAAACCAGGACAUGCAAUUAGUGUAAAAGUAUUAAAAUGGGUUCCAAAAACUGGCGCAAGGUGGAGAAUGAAGAUGGAUAUCCGUGCUACAUUGAGGAAAUCAGUGGUGAAAAGGAGUUCAAUCAUCCAACGUUUAACAAAAUCGUUUGUUUACUUGAUGAAUAUGAAGAUAUAAAGUAUAGUGCGUAUAAAGUAGCAUUUAAAAUAUUUACUCUGCAAAGACAACUAAAAGUACCGCCACUUCGUAUUAGUUCUGGUGUGUUUGCCAGACAUCAACUAAGUCUUUCAGAGAGUAGUUUAUCACUAGACACAGCAGAAUUGGAGGCAGUUCUUGCUGAUAUUUAUUUUGCAGCAGAGAAGGAAGGAUUGUUUGUUGGUGAUGUUGACUUGACUGUAGAUCUUGUUAUUAAUCUACUGCUAAAUGUUUAUGAUGAGAAAAGAAAUACUCCAAUAAGAGUUCUCGCGGCUAAAACAAUAUUAAUUUUAUUGAGUGAAGAGUCGGUUAAGGACAAAUGGCUGGCUUUAGCUAACUGUUGUGCGGACCACAAUGGUUGUGUAUCUCCAAAAAGGUUAUCUGCCUUAUUACAUCAUGUUGUUGCUUUGACUAAGUAUUUGGGUGGUAAAUGUGAUCAAGUUCAGACUGAUAUUGAUGCUUGUUUUAGUAAGAGUGCUGGAAUGCUAGGAAUAAGCUGCCGUUUAGUAGCAGAAUGGGGAGCCACCAGUUGUGCUAGUACUCGUUGGCUAAUAGUUGUACAACAAGUGGUGUCGAGCCGGAAUUGUGCUACAGCUAAUGCUACAUGUGUUGUUUGUGUUCAACCACUUAUACAGGUUUUGAAAUUUAAAUGCUCAAAGUGCACAGAUUUAUAUUUCUGCGAGAAGUGCUAUUUGUAUGACAAAGAUUUAAAUAAUAUAACAGGUCACAAGAAGACACAUAUAGUGUAUGAAGUAAAUGAUGGAGAAAUUAAACCCACAGAAUGCCUUAGUUUUAUAAAGGGCAUAAAACGUUUCUUCUUCUGUACAAAGACUGGUAAGAAGAAGGCAAAAGGUACAAAAAAGACUGAAAAAGUAAGACAAGCCUCAGUUCGUAGGAAGAGCAAACCGGCCAUAUUUACAUCAACGGUUGGUAAAGCUUCGGGCAAUACUGCAAAUAAUCCAGCAAAUACAUUGCAAGACAUAAUUUCACAAUUGGAAAAUCAGACUAGAGCCCUCAAAGAAAUCUCCUGUCAAUUAAAAGAAGUUGCGAAGGAAUGUGAUGACGAAUUUAAAUCAAAAGUGGACACGCAUUAUAAUCAAAUAUCAGCACAGAUUAGUAGGCUUAAGGAGUUAAAGGACAACCUAACUUUGGAACAGAAAACUGACAAAUUGGACCGACCGCAAGCAUUUGACCUCUUCAGCCCUAUACCGAUUGAUGAAAAGCAGGCCAAGUUAACCAACCUUAACCAGCCCCGAGUUUUAAGUAUGGAUUCUGGAAAUUUCUCAGUGGCUUCGAAGCAUGAUCAAGUUACAAUUUCCAGAGAUGCAUUGAAACCCGUGGUCCAAGUCACAUCGGACAGUAUAUCAGCGGUUUCUAUGAAUGACAUGAGUAAUUGGUAUAAUGACACAGUUGUAUCAAAACACCCAACGAAAGGUCUCAACCAAACGUGUCAAAACUUAUCAAUAAACGAACAGCGGUUUUCGGCGGAUAUGCGUUCAGUCGAACAGAGCAAUGACAAGAUGAAGGAGUUGAAUGCUGACCUUGACACAGUGUUGGAUAGAUUACAACAGAUUUUGACACAUAAUUUUACUGUAGAUGAAUCUUGCUUUGACAACAGUCAGUUAAGGGAGACGGCAACAGAAAUGGAAGGAUUACUCGGAACUUUGAUUCGGGGAGUUGAACAAAGAGCAACCUUUAAUUCUAAUGGGAUGGUGUAAAUCUAUAAAUGUUUGAUAUUAUGCUAAAAUGUCUAAAAUUUAUUUUGUUGUAAUUGUGUAAUUAAAAAAACUCAUUUAUAAAAUAAAUAUUGCGACAAAUUUUACGAUGUAUAGACAAUACGUUUAUAUGUGUGUGGAGAAUUAAUGAAUUAAGGUUCAUAAGGCAUAUUAAAUGAAUAACAACAAUGUUUUUCAUCAUAAACAUAGAGUAACAAAUAAGUGACUACAAGUAUAAACCAAUAAUUGCUAUAUGUUCGUAAAAUUAGGUCCGAAUACAGGAGGAAUUAAUUUAGACGUCCAUUUUCGGACAUUGAGAGCUGCAGAAAUUGAUAUUUGUUUUUGACAAUUUUAAAAUGAAAUUUACUUGGACUUUUCAGAGUAAAGUAAAGACUGUGUUUUUUGAUUAUGACAACAUAAGGUGAUAUUCAGAAAUUCGCGCUAAGUCAUCGUUUCUGAAUUUUCCCCUUAGAUUCUUGUACAAGCGACUGAAAUAUUAAUGUAUGACAUAACAAUUAUGUGAUAUUUUGACAUUCCAAAAUAUAUUGUGAGUGUUUUUUACUAGCGUGUUUUAUACGCAUUAUAUCAAUUAAAUUUCUUCAAUUAAAUGAACUUAUAAUUUUAAGAUGAACUACAUUGACAUUAAUUUAAAGACUUUUCUUAUUUUAAUGGCUGGACCUACUUAUGCAUAGUAUGUAAAUUGUCAAUUUUUUCUUAUAUAUGUGUUUAAAAUAUAAGUUUAAAUUAUCAACGAAUUAGAUGAACGUAGAUCUGAUUUCUUUGAUCUCAUCAACAAUUUGAUAUUCCUUAAGUUUUUAUAAAUAACAGCAUAAUGACGAUAGAAGAAUCGCUUGCGAUUCUUAAUUAUAACAUAGAUACUCACCUGUAUCGGUUACUCAAAUUCUGUAUCUACCCUCGAAGUGGAUAUUUUUUGUAAAUACCCCACAAUUGUUUUGUUGUGCAUACCCACCUGAUAUUUUUCUGUAUACUAAUGAAUAGUUGUGUGUUAUUCGCCGUCCAUUGGUGCUCAAUAAAUAUAAGCUUUAAUUAGAAGAAAAAAACACAUUUAUAAAAGUAACAUGCCAUAUAAUUUGUAAAAAUUUACAUUCACAUAUAAGUUAUAUUAAAAUAUAUUAUUUAGGUUAAGCGUUUGGUCAACCUAUAAGUAUAGAAUGUGCGUGUCUUUUAAAUAAAAAAAAUUAUAUACAGCGUAAAA